AUGAGAGCGUUCCUAAAGUCUGUGGAUGAACGAGUGUGGGUUUCCAUGACUAAAGGAUGGAGAGAACCAGUUGCUAUCAUUGAGGGAGUUCAAACCCCCAAAAGUGUGGAUUAUUACUCUAGGGAUGAAAUAAAUAAGUGUGGUUGGAAUAACAAAGGUAUCAAGGAUGUAAAGAAUUCUAAGCUUCAAAUGUUGACCACGAGUUUCGAAGAACUUAAAAUGAAGGAUGAUGAAACAUUUGAUGCCUUCUAUGCCAAACUAAAUGAUGUUGUCAAUUCUAGUUUUAAUUUAGGGGACAAAAUUCCUGAUAAUAGAAUUGUGAGAAAAGUUCUCAAAUCUCUUCCGGAGAGAUUCCGUCCCAAAGUCACUGCCAUUGAAGGGAGAAAAGAUCUGGACAAUAUGAAGAUUGAAGAGCUGAAAAAUAGAUCCAUAGCCCUCAACACUAUUGAUGAGUCAUCCGGUGAGUCAUCCGAUGAGUUGGCUAUGAGUGACAAGGAAAUGAGCUCUAAGAAAUACACUAGAGCUACCAAAGACAAUGUACAAUCUGAUAUACAGUGUCACGAAUGUCAUGGUUUUGGGUACGUUCGCCUUGAAUGUGCAAAUUACAAAAAGGGCAAAGGGAAAGCAAAUGGUGAUUCCUUGAGUGAUAAUAGUUCUGAGACAAGUGAUUCUUCAAAGAGUUCCUCUCCAAAGAAAAAUCUCAACUACAUGGCAUUCACAUAUUCUGUUGGUGGUAGAGCUCUUCAUUUUUCAAGCUCAUUUGCCCUUACAAUUUUGGUAAAGACCAUCUUUGGAUCGCAUCAGAGGGUUCAUUCACAGCAGAUGGGGACUAACGAAACAGCCAGUCAUUUCAGCAAUGCGGAAGAUUUUACUGAAGAUGAGGAACCAUCAUUGGUUCCAGUUUGGAUCAUGUUGCCCGGACUACCUCUGAAUCUUUAUCAAGAAUCGUUCUUGCGGAAUAUUGUUGCACCGAUUGGAAUCUUUUUAAGAAGAGAUAAUGCGACACGCUGUGCAACUCGUACCGAUGGUGCAAGGGUGUUUGUUCUGAUGAAUAUCGAUCAUGAGCUGAUUCAUUCCAUUUGGAUUGGGACACCGAGACAUCCUACAAGCAUUUUCCAAGAAGUUGAGUAUGAAACAUUGCCUGCAUUUUGUUCCGUGUGCAAGGUGCCAAAAGAUAAAGAAGAUGAUGCGAAGAUUACUACAGAUCAUUUGGGGAAAACCUCAGAGUCCCCUGUUUUGGCAUUGGAAGAUGUUGAGAUUGAGUUGCCGGUCUUCGAUGGUGGCAAGGAUGUAGGGAAGUCGAAGUUGGUGUCUGAGAGUGUUAUCGAAGAAAUGGAGGCCCCCGAGCAGAGGAAAGAUCCGUUGAUCUGUGGAGAGGCCAGCGGGACUUUACCAGCUGAGGAGUUGGUCUAUUUACCAAUAACAACUCAUAAUCUGUCUGCUGUAGUUGGUGGCCAAUUAGAACCCAGAAGGGUGGAACUCAUCGAGACAUUACCAGUAGUGGAAGUUGCAAUGCAGAAAGACGAUGCUGUAGUUGGUGGCCAAUUAGAACCCAGAAGGGUGGAACUCAUCGAGACAUCAUCAAUAGCGGAGGAUGCUGUGCAGCUAGAGUCCAGAAUUGAAGUGGUACCAAGCGGGAAUAUCCCAGUAGCAGAAGGAGAGGUGCAGUUAGUUCCGACAGAUUUGCAGAUGGAGUCCAAAUCAGAGGAUGAAGAACCGUUUAGGGAUGAUUCUCAUUUGAGUUAUUGGAAGACGUUUCUAGAAUUUGAUGAGUGUCUUUCUAAUGCAAAUCAAGAAGGUAAUCUUUGGUGUUUUUGGAAGUCUGGUUUGAAGGUGGAUGUUAUGGGUGUUUCGGAUCAGCAACUUACUUUGCUUAUUAAUUCUAGCUUAUUGAUCUCUUCGGUUUAUGCAAAGUGUCGGUUUUUAGAUCGGAGGCCUUUGUGGUCUAAUUUACUUGGUGUUAAUAAUUUACAGUUUCCUCAUGUGAUUAUUGGGGAUUUUAAUGUCAUAUGUAAUGAUAAUGAAAGAAUAGGGGGAAAUCCUAGGAUGCUUAUUGCAAUGGAGGAUUUUCGUUCCUUUAUUAAUGAUGGCAGAUUUGUUGAGGUGCCUUUUUCAGGUAAUGGCUUUUCUUGGUGCAACGGACGAUUAGGAAUGGCGCGUUCAUGGGCUAGACUAGAUAGAGCUUUAUGUAAUUCCAAGUUUAAGGAUCUUUAUCCAUCGGGUAGAAUUCAAUAUCUUCCUAGGAGGACUUCAGAUCACUCCCCUAUGGUAUUGGGUCACUUGGUUUCAUCUGCUAGGUAUGGUCACACAUCUUUUAAAUUUCAAUAUAUGUGGACUAAUCAUGAGGAUUUUUGGAGAUGUGUUUCUAGUUCUUGGCAGGUGGAGGUUAAUGGUACGGGUUUGUGGAAGCUAGCUGCUAAAUUGAAGAGGUUAAAACUGGUUCUUAAAUCUUGGAACAAGGAAGUGUUUGGCUGGACAGGAAAGCAUAUUAAAGAGUUAGAAGCUAAAGUGGAGGAAGGUGAAUUAAGUCUUCAAGAAUGUUACUUAGAGGAUGUAGAAGCAGACAUUUUAGCGAACAAGGUUGAGCUUGAUGUCUGGUUAAAAAGGGAAGAGUCUCGUAUUGCUCAACAAGUCAAACAAAAGUGGGUAUCACAGGGUGAGGUUUUGACUGCUUUCUUUAAAGCUUUGCAGAAUAACAAACAUAAUAUGGUGGUAGAAAUGAAGCUCUCUGAUGGCAGGGUGUUUAACUCGCCUGAAGAUAUCCAUGAGGCUGCGUGUGUUUAUUUUGAGGAUUUCCUCAAAGCUAAAGCAACCAGUUCUUUGCCAGAUCUAGUUGGGUUAAUUUCAGAGGAAGUUUCGGAGGAGGAAAAUCAAUUUUUUGGUAGUAUUCCGUCGGUUGGGGAAGUAAAAGAUGCAAUUUUUUCUAUUCCGGUGGAUAGUAGUCUGGGGCCGGAUGGAUUUGGCUCGGGUUUUUUUCAGCAUUGUUGGUCCUUGGUGUAUCAAGAUUUAUUGGAAGCUGUUAGUGAUUUCUUUGGCGGGGCUGCCUUACCAAGGUUUUACUCUGCCUCUUAUAUUGUCUUAAUUCCAAAAGUUCAGAAUCCUACGUCGUUUGGGAAUUUUAGGCCUAUAAGUCUUUGUUCAGUGGAGCUUAUUCAUGAUAUAAACAAGCCAAUUCGAAGAGGUAAUAUUAUGAUGAAAAUUGAUUUUGCAAAAGCUUAUGACACGAUUGACUGGGGUUUUUUAAGUCAUAUUUUGAAAGCUUUUGGGUUUUCCCCGAAGGGUGGACGUGGUCUCUGUCAAGGAGAUCCUCUAUCUCCUUAUUUGUUCAUUUUGGUAAAAGAAGUUCUCUCUCGGCUGUUAAAAAAGAAAUUUGAGUUGGAUAGAAUUAAAAGUUUUUCCCAUCCUAGACAUGGUCCUGUUAUUUCUCAUCUUUUAUAUGCUGAUGACAUGGUAAUUUUUGCAAAUGGAGGAAGGUCUUCAGUCUUGGAAAUUGUUGAAGUUCUUCGUAUUUAUGCUGAGUGGUCAGGUCAACAGCAUCCGCUUGAGCUUAAUCCAUCUAGAGGCACUAGGUUUUGGAAAGCAAUUGUAAAAGAAAUUCCUGUUGUACUUUCACGUUCCAAGUGGAAGAUUAGGGAGGGGAACGUGUUGUUCUGGAGAGACAGUUGGCUAAAUUCUGGGCCUCUAAUGGAGCAGUAUCAGAUGGUGGGUGAUCCGGAAUUGAAGGUGAAAGAUUGUAUGAUUAAUAACAAUUGGGAUAUGGAGCAACUUGAGCAGCUAGUAGGGCCUAAAAAAAUGGAGGAUAUAGUCAAUGAAGUUAGUAGUAGGAGGACUGGUAAGGAUCAGCUUAUUUGGUUGGAAAAUUCAGAUGGGUCUUUCACGACUAUGACUGCCUGGUCUUUUGUUCGGAUUCGUAAUCCUAAUUGUCAAUGGCCGGAUUGGAUUUGGAAUUCAGCUUUACCUAAGAAGUUUUCUGUGCUUAUGUGGAAGGCCUUAAACUCAUGCCUUGCAGUGGAUGAUCGUCUAAGGAGAAUUGGUGUGCCUUUAGUUUCGAAAUGUGAAUGUUGUCGAGACGGUGCCAUUGAGGAUAUUAAUCAUGUGUUAUAUAGUGGUAAUAUUGCUAAGGCUAUAUGGAAGUUUAGUUCUAAUACUUUGGGUAUUCCGUUUGUCCCGAACUGGUCUUGGAGGGCAACUGUUGAGGCCUAG